CACCAUCACCAUCAUCUCCAGCAAAUAUGACGACAGAGCCAACGCAUUAUGAGGUCCUGUCUCUCCCCCAGACCGUCCUGGAUGACUCGUCCCGCGAACAGGUCCUCCCCGUAAUCAAACAAGCCUACCACCGGGCCCUCCUACAGCACCACCCGGACAAGGCCCCAGCAGCCGCACGGAGCACCAAGAAACCCGCCAAUCCAUCCCUGGCGUCUUCACCCCACCAGCACCAGCCAACCUACACGGUCGACCAGAUCACCACCGCCUACGCAAUCCUCUCCUCACCAGCGCUCCGGUCCAAGUACGACGCCCACCUCAGGACCGCAGCCAGCAGGAGCCACCAGUCCCGGUCGACCUUCCAGACGGGCAUCGAGACCAUCGACCUCGACGACCUCAGCUCCACCACCUCGGAGCGCACCGGGGACGUGGAGUGGUUCAGGCCGUGCAGGUGUGGCAACGAGCGGGGCUACCUGUUUGGGGAGGCUGAUCUGGAGGAGGCGGGGGAUCUGGGCGAAUUGAUUGUGGGAUGUCAGGAUUGUAGCCUCUGGCUGAGGGUUUGCUUUGCUGUUGUUGAGGAAGGGGAGGACGGCCAGGACGGGCCAGGGUAACGGGGGAUGCUGCCGGCCAGAGAGCGUGGGAGAGAGCAUAGAUUACAGCGAGGUCAUGCAUCUUAUACUGGAUGGUACUACUUC